UUCUCUCUCUUGAGCUUUUUGUAGUUUCCCACUCUCUCUCUCCUCUCUCUUUCUCUCUCUACAUUCAGACGCAUAUAUCCAUUUGUAACGGAAGUCACAAAAAAUUGUGGAUGUUAUGAGGUCUCUGUUUUAUCUUUAUUUUCUUUUGAAGUCUAGCGUUUUUCAGGCUGAGGCCUUAAAUAAUUCUAAGCUCUGGGAGUUUGUAGACUUGCAGAUAAAUCUAUUCCUCUCAUUUAGAAGCUCGUUCCCUCUAAUGGAGCUUUCUGGAGAUGAUCGAGUAUAACCGCCGCUAGUUUUUGAGUUUGUUUUUCACUUGCGUGGGCACAUUUAAUGAAGAUUGAUUGCUUAUCACUUUUUUGGUAAUCUUUCUUCUCAAUUCCCAAGCCGGUCAUCAUAUGCACACGCAUGGAUAUGGUGAUGCCUUAUGCAAUAAAAAUUGAUCGGUAGUGAAGAGUGUAUUGCGGUAUAAAAGCAAUGAACAAUUAUACAAUGAUGGAGGGUUGUGGGGGUAGAUCUUUCCUGAGGAAUCCAAGGGUCGAGAAUUUCUUUGAAAGAAGGGACAAUUUCAAGGUGGAAAAAUCUGAAGUUCACUCCAAGGAAGCAGUGGGAUUAAAGACCAAUAACAUGGCUUAUUUCGAUAAUGACAGUUGGGUUGCAGCCGCAAUUUCAUAUCUAAGAAUCAUCGUUUGUUUUCUCUCAAUGAUGGUUACAACUUUUGUAUGGGCAGUACUGAUGGUUUUUUUGCUUCCCUGGCCUUAUCUGAGGGUCAAGCAAGGGAAUGUCUAUGGGCAUGUGACUGGGAGGAUGCUGAUGUGGAUUUUAGGGAAUCCAAUAACAAUAGAAGGCAUUGAAUAUUCAAACUUGAAGGCUAUUUAUAUUUGCAACCAUGCAUCUCCUCUCGACAUUUUCCUUAUUAUGUGGCUCACUCCUACAGGGACUGUUGGCAUUGCGAAAAAGGAGAUUAUAUGGUACCCUCUCUUUGGACAGCUCUAUGUGUUAGCAAAUCAUCUCCGUAUUGAUCGUUCAAACCCCUCUGCUGCCAUAGAAUCAAUGAAGAAGGCUGCACAAGCCAUCGUGAGCAAUAAUCUAUCCUUAGUCAUCUUUCCAGAAGGCACUCGUUCAAAAACUGGAAGAUUAUUGCCAUUCAAAAAGGGAUUUGUUCACAUGGCAUUGCAAUCUAAACGGGCAAUAGUUCCAAUUGUGCUGACGGGUACCCACAACGCAUGGAGAAAGGACAGUUUGCAUGUGAGACCUGCACCUCUAACUGUUAAGUAUCUUCCCCCGAUAAGUACCGAUAACUGGACUGAGGACAAGAUUGAUGAGUACGUAAACAUGGUGCACAAUUUGUAUGUGGAGCACCUUCCUGAUACUCAGAAACCUCUGAUGUUGGAGUGUAAGGAUCACUCUGAGCACUAAAAGCCACGACUCAGCUUCAAUUCACAAGUUUUUGUGAUUUAUUUUACUCUAUGAAAUUUUUAAGGAAAAAUAAUUUGUGCAUUGUAGAGAAUUUGUAAAUGGUUUAACUUUAUCCUCUUCUUUGCUU